AUGAGCGCCUUGGUGGAAGCGGCGACGGUGGUGUGCCUGCGGGAGCGAUCGACGACAGGUACAUGGGAGGUGUUGCUCGGCCAGAGCGAAGUGAAGAACUGGCUGCGAUCGACGCCCGACACCACCGUCAUCAUGCGGUACCCAGGAGAAUGGAAGUUUCCUGGUGGAAGUCAGGACGUCGACGACGAAUCCCUCCAGCAAACAGCCAUCAGGGAGUUGCGUGAAGAGUUCCUCGGAAUCGACCCGACGGAAACACCGAUGUUGCGUUGGUUGAGCACACGCACGACGUUGCCCGUCCAAGGCAAGCGGUUUCGGAUGCACAACUUUGUCGCGCUGAGCGAUGAGAACGUGUGGUUGAACGAUGUUCGACUCGUCGACCGCGUGAACGGUCGGCUCGCCGACAAGCGGCGGGCAUUUGCCCAUGCCUUGGACGACGGGUCGUUCUGGUCGAUGGAUACCGCUGCCAAGGAAGCGAUCUCCCCGGAGGUUCACAGGGUACAGUGGUUCCCCAUCUCGACCGCCAUCGACCUCAUGGAGCCUGGGCACCGUCAGCAUGUAAAUGAGUUUCAAGCGACGGAGUUUGCCGCGCACGGCGUCGUCAGCCGCGAUCCCAUGUACCAAACGAUGAAGACGUUGGAGCGUGUGUCGAUGCUGUCUCGCGACGACAUUGUCGAACUCGGCCAGAAGAAGACGUCCAGAGUGUGACCGCAUUAAGUUAUUGGCUGCUUAGACCAAGCUGUGGCCAUUCGAGUCGACGAUCAAGUACCCCAACGCAUACAGCAUCUUGAGCGUCGCUUCAGCGGUUUUCACGUCAAAGUCCUUUUCCGCCUCGGUGAGAAACACGUACGGCACCAAGCAUGGGUGCUUCUUAGACUUGUCGUCGCGCACUUGGCCGUAAGUCCACCCUUCGUCCAUGCGGCCCUUAGACCACACUUCGUGCGCGUUUUCAGCC